GCUGCCAUUUCCAGGGCUGGCUUUUGCAGAAGAGACGUUCAUCCUUCGGUGCCGCCUCCAACUACUUUAACGCGGAGUCGGCAGCAGAUGGUGGACACGACCCGAGGUUUCGGCGGGGAGAACGAAGGGAUGCGCCAAGCGCGUACCGCCCGCCUCUAGCUCCGCGCCCGCUCCCGUUCCCGUUCCCCUCCAUGAGCCGCCCCGCGUCUCUCCUGCCGGCCGCCCGCUGCCGCAGCGCUCCGGCUAAGCGGCUCCAACCUCUCCACGACGGCCCCGCCGAAGAAGCGCCGGCCGCCAAAUAUCCUCGUCUCGUCGAUUGCGGACCUCCGGAUUGCCUGAGUUCUCCCGGGUCUCCUUGUUCCCCGGCUUCUCCCGCCGGAGGGGGAGCGGCGGGUCCCAGCCUGAUCGCUUCAUACCUGCUGCUGCCGCUGGCCGAGCGGGAGCAGGUGUCGAGGGCGCUGAGCGUUAGCUCCGGCCGGGAGCUGCGCUGCAAGGUGUUCCCCCUCAAACACUACCAGGACAAGAUCCGGCCUUACAUUCAGCUGCCGUCGCACAGAAACAUCACCGGGGUCGUCGAAGUCAUCCUCGGGGACACCAAGGCCUAUGUGUUCUUUGAAAAGGACUUUGGGGACAUGCACUCCUACGUGAGGAGCUGCAAGAGGCUGAGGGAAGAGGAGGCUGCCCGGCUGUUCAAGCAGAUAGUCUCCGCUGUAGCUCACUGCCACCAGUCGGCCAUCGUACUUGGUGACCUCAAGCUCAGGAAAUUUGUUUUCUCUAAUGAAGAAAGGACUCAGCUACGGCUGGAGAGCCUGGAAGACACGCACAUCAUCAAAGGCGAAGAUGAUGCGCUCUCAGACAAGCACGGCUGCCCGGCGUACGUCAGCCCUGAGAUCCUAAACACGACAGGGACUUACUCUGGAAAAUCAGCUGACGUGUGGAGUUUGGGAGUGAUGCUCUAUACCCUGCUGGUGGGACGCUAUCCCUUCCAUGACUCGGACCCUAGCACUCUGUUUUCCAAAAUCCGGCGUGGACAGUUCUGUAUUCCUGACCAUGUCUCCCCCAAAGCCCGAUGCCUCAUCCGCAGCCUCCUGCGGCGGGAGCCCUCUGAAAGACUCACUGCUCCAGAGAUCUUGCUUCACCCUUGGUUCGAGGCAGUCUUGGAGCCUGGAUAUACAGACCAGGAGACGGGAACUUCGGAUCAAAUUGUUCCAGAAUACCACGGAGACAGUGACGAUAUUAGUUCCUUCUUCUGCUAACCCUGAAAUCUCAAAAACCUUGGUGGUUCUCACCUCUGGCAUCUUCAUAGGGUUUCAUUUUUCCACGGUUGCAAACUUAACAGCAUCUUAAAGUGCCAGUAUGGUCAGAAAAGUGACCUUGUUUAAAAUACAUGCCAACCCAUAGAUCUCUGCUCCCUGAGCGUGCUCAGAGUUUCAUCCUCUUGCUCUGCUGGUAGGUCCGUCCUGCCGGCCCCAGAGGACCCGUGCAGCUUUGUGAGAGCCGACGGGCUUUUCUCCUGCCUCCCGCGUCCUCCACCGGUGUAACUGGCCACAUCUUGGCUGCAGAGUCUUACGGCUGGUGAGGCGUGAGACAGAAAGGCAGCCCCUUCUGCUUUCCUGCGGUGGCUACAGGGGUGCAGAGCCCUGGCCGUGAUGCUUAGGGGGUGGGGGGCGCGAGGCGCCCCUCUAACUGAGCAAAUCUGACAGAAAUGGGUAAAAAGGGGAAUCGACUUGGUGUGCCACGCCGGCUGGCUUGCAAAGUAGCUUUCUGACUUUAAGCGCACUUUAAUGAGGGAAGGAGGUCUUCGCCCACCACGGCCAGCCGCCUGCUCGCUGCUGCUCCUCCAGCUGAUCUUGCUUUCAGAGGCAUGAAGCUCCUAGAUCCACCCGUAAGACAAAUCACUGCUAUGGCUCUUUCCAAAGCAGAAACCAGUGGAUCUCCCAGCUGGAUCCCCUCUGAUUCCAUUUGCUGACCGGGAAAGCAUUUUAAAUAGACUUCAGCCUCGCGUUACCAUGGCGUAGCCCAUCUAACUUUAUGCCCUCAGCGAGCUUGUCAAGUAGCAGGUCUCGUUAGCUCCGAGUGCCAAAACAUAUCCGUUUACCAAACCGUAACACUAUCAGCUGGGGCGCCUUCUCUUGGAAAACGAUAAGGGGUAUCUUGUACAGUACAUGUAAACAUGGUCGUGUUUUCCUACAGGCUCAAUUCUUAAAAACAUCGUAUCUCCUCUCCUCUUCCCCCUCCGCCCCCCAAAAAGUUAGUCUUAAGAGUAAAAUCUCCAUACGCCCUUAGUUGAUUAUUCAGGUAUGUUGUUUGCCUCCGGCUAUGUUUUUUUUCCCCCCCCUUUUUUUUUUUUUUGCAUGAUUAUUCAUAGUCUUUCCAAUGUGCGUGGAUAAUGAAUAUAUCUAAAUCAUUAGCUUCCUGGGUUGGGGGUAAGUAAAGCUUAGUCCUGCCUAAAAUUUCUGCUUCCUUUCACGUUUGUGUCCAGUGGCUUAUGCAAAGGGAUGUCCAUUCAGUUCGAGUGAAGUCAUUUGAAGGGUUAACCCCCGACAAGCUGCAGUCCCACCACGCGUUUGGAGAAUACCAUGUAUACCUCAUGGACUGUGUACUUUGUACAUACCUUACUGUUUGGGGUUUUGUUUUCUUGUUUUGUUGUACUUUGUUUGUCCUAAUAAGAGGUGUUGAAGAGCAAUUUAAUGUGAAUUAUUGUUGGCAAUACUAACUUGACAGAAUCAUGAGCAUUAAGAGCAGGGCGCUACAGCUCUCCGUUGCACUAAACCUCUCAUGAUUGCUUGACAUUUGUAUCUAUGAUACAGUUUAACCCUUCUAUGAAAAACAGUACAUGUGUAUAUAUUGGUAGAAAACUCUGCCAGAAAAGCUAAAAACACUAUGUCCAACUUGUAAAUAUGUAUAUGUAUGUGGAAACCUGGAUGAUAAAGUCUGACUUGUAGAAAGUUUUAAUAAACUUGGUUUCAUAA